GUUCCUUCUGAGCAAACGUUUUCAAAACGACUUAAAAACGAAGAAGUUCCCAUAUGGUAUGUAGUUGAUAAAAAAAAAGUUUCUCGAAAUAUAUUGAAAAUUGAUCUCAUUUUGUAGAGCACAACGAACUCGUUCCAUCUGUGCAAAAAAAAAAAAAAUUGAAAUCCAAGUUAGAAUGAAGAAAAUAAGAAUCGAUUAAGAAAACUAGGGAAAAUAAAAUAUUUUUAAUUGACAACCCUUAGAUCUGAAUUUUCAUGACCCACUUAGAUCUAAAUGUCCAAAUUUAGUGAUUCAUAAGUUAGUAACUGAUGGUUACUAAUCCUAUCCUAAGUGGAAAACAACUUAUCAUCCUUAAUUAUUCUUGGCAUGGCUUUUAUCCAACACUACUUUAGGGGUUUGGCAAUUGGCAUAGAUGAUGAAUUAAAAGGUUUCUACACACAUACUCACCCUCAAUUAUUUCACUUGUUUAUUUGGGUGAUCUCUAGGUCAUUUCCUUUGACUGAUUGCUGCCCUUUCCACGCAGAUUAUUCCAAAGGUAGUUAUUGAACAUAAUUAUUAUUAUGAUAAUUUUAUAGGAGGAAUCUAGUUUACAUGUAAUUUUCCGGGCGAGAAAAACUAGAUGAACAGAAUUGGAUUUUGCAUCUUUGACUUUCAAACAAACGAUUAACAAACACGGUCCACACCUCUUUGAACAAAGUUCAAACAAGGGUGUUCGAUGUUCUUGAUGAUCUACAAGGCAAACUAAAUUACAUUAACUCCACUCCUAUGGAGGUUCAGUGAGAGCUCCGAAACUACAACUAUGGCUAUGACUACAUUUGCAGAGGAAAAGGUAAAGAUAAAAGGAUAAAAUUUGACAUUGUGUUGUCUGGUGUGAUUUUGGCGAACCCCUUCUCCGUCAUCUUCACCUCCUAUUUAUAGCCAUCAGAAGCAACUGCCCCCAGAAACUGCUCUGCCGACGUGGAGUGACGGUUACCCUUUCAACUGCUAUGACGGGUACCCUGAUGUUGGAGUUGGGAUCCUCUUCAGUCUUGACCCCCUCCUCUUGAGAUCUCAACCUAUGCUCUUGGCAUAUCCUCCGUAGUUUUGCUUAUCCAUAGAGUAACGAUGGCUAAGGCAUGAAAGAAUACCACGUACCACAUAUGGGUGAGUAUUUGAAUCACAUGGAUUAAAAAUGACAAAUAUUACUUCACCAUUAGAAGAGUAAAGAGACCACAUGCUCACGUAACCCCCUUGCCUUGGCCAUACCAUGGGGGUGUACGUUUGGCGACCCCCUCACCAUACCAUUGGGGGCAUCCCCAUGGGGAAAAUAUGGAUCACCCCAUCAUCCUCAUGGGAGCUGGACUUGGUGACUCCCCACCCCCUGAUCAUACCAUGGGCGUAGUAUGUUGGUGGUCCCCCAGACCACCUCAUGGGGGUGCUCCUUACCACCCGCAUCAUCUUCCAUACUUAGCCACAUUUUACCUCUUCUCGUCUCACCAAGGCACCAUGGGGGUGGUGGUCUGGUACCCACCCCCCUUGGUACCUCUUGAGGGUGGUGGUAUGAUGCCCACUCCCUUACCACGUCCUGGGGGUGGUAUGAUGGUGGCCACCCCCUUGGUACUUCCUGGGGGUGUUGGUAUGAUGCCCACCCCCCUUACCACGUCCUGGGGGUGGUAUGAUGAUGGCCACCCCUCUUGGUACCCUCUUGGGGUGGUGGUAUGAUGCCCACCCGCUUACCACGUCCUAGGGGUGGUCUGAUGAUGGCCACCCCCCUCUGCAUGUCCUGGGGGGUGGCUCCCAUACUCUUUGCCUUAGCCAAAUUUGGCCAUCGCCCCCCUCACCAUGUCAUGGGGGUGGCGGUAUGAUGCCCACCCCCUUGCCACGUCCUAGGGUGGCUCUCAUACUUAGCCAAAUUUGGAGAUGCAUGGCGCGCGUGGUGGCACAGAGUAAUGGGCCCAAAAACCCAAUCCUCAUGGCCCACUCAACUGAUUUAAACUGAUAUGAUUAAGUUGGCCUUAUAAGCCAUUUAAUUCCUUGUUUUUAACCGAUGUAGUACAAGGUUAAUUUUUGGUGUAAACACAUGUAGUGGCGGGUGGAUUGAUCUUCUCAGUUGGGAGCUCAGCCAGCUGCUUAGUCAGCUCCUCCACCUGCAUAAAAAAGUAGUUUGUUCGCAGUUGUGUACAUUAGAUGCUCGAAUCGUCCAUAAAGCAGUCCUCCUGGUCCAUUUUUGGCUAUCGUGAUUAUCUCAGUAAAGUGGUGUAGACUAUAGAGUAGCUUGAGCGUUAUGCCUAUGUGGCAUCCAGCGGCGAAUCCAAAAUAGGAUAGAGCACUAGACCAAAUUUGAAAAGAGGUGGAGAGAACUGGGUCGUAACCUAUCGAACACUGAAAUGAAUACCUGAAACCGACAAUUUGCAAGAGCUAUACUAGCUCUAGAUUUAGAGAGGACUGGACCGUAGCUCGGGAUGGCCCCCUAGAUCCGCCGUUGUUGGCAUUCCCAUCAGUUAUCUGGUUGACCAAGAUCCUGGUUUCUUUCCCUCGUCGAAAGAUAUGUUCGUGGCAAAUCCAUGAUGCAUGCUGAAGUGAAAAGGCCUUGGGAAUCUAACCAUGCAUCUUAUAACAACUCGAAACUUCUCUACUUGAAGUGCAAAAUCAGCUUCUUGAUGUCGUCCCUCUUUCAAGGAGGAAAGUACUCCACCACAAAACAAUUGAGCAAGCUCAUUCUAGGUGGUUCUAUGUCCCACGUUUGAGACACAUAACAAGAUUUUAAAUUCACAAGGAAAAUUAAGGUUAAAAUGCGACAUAUAUUUAGCGAUGAAAUUGGGAAAGUGACAUAAAGGUGUUUAGGGUUAUAUUAUUUUUACAUUUUAGAAGAAGAUGUAGAUAGUAUAAGAAUUACAUAUGAAGUGGUUAUGAAUAUGAAAUGGGGGUGGGACAACUAAACGAUCCUUGUUAAUUUUCUUUGCGAGCAUUACCCAUAUUCUCCUCGUCCCCAGUCAAUGUUGGGAAUCUUCGGAAAGGGUUAGUAACCCAAAUUUAAGUGACUUCUGUAUGCUAUCAAGCAUGAGUAGAUAGGUGGGGUUUUUCUUAACCUCAUAGCUUCACAUUUGAGAUCAACAUACAGAAGCCAAAUGAUUUUUUUAAUAAAAGAUAAUUAUAUAU